AAAUUAUAUUCGUUAGGAUAGUACGUGAAAUCAUGGUGUUUUAAUCGGUCGUAAAAAUUAAGUAAUUCGAUUUAACCGAUACGCCGGGUAUUCGUAUCGUACAUUUCGGUCAUGGCCACUGCGAUUUCGCCAAUUAAAAUAUACGAAGCAUACGAAACGAGAGAAAUGGACGGAUGUACGAGUUUCCUAACAGUGCGCGUAGCGCGUAUAUUCCCCUAAUUACGACGGAGAAUGUCCCGAGAGAGCUACAAGAUGACGUCUAUGUAAUCUAAUCGAUGAGUAAGUUUUCCCGCCGUUCUAACUGAUUAGCUUUUCCAUUAAAAUUCAUCAAAGUAAAAUGAACUUUAAGGUUACAACCUUAAUUCCUAAUCUAUUCACCAACCUAACCCAAACUGCAACGUCAACGAUGCAUCCCAGAGAGAUAAGCCUAUCGUCCAUCUCGCUUCCAUUGACCCUAAAAGUUAUGAUAAGCGGACAGCGUCGAAACUGCUACAUACAAUGAGCGAGCGUUCGGCGAGAAGAUCAUCACGGAGGAUCGUCGAACACGAGAAAUGGAUGAAUUGCUAUUUCCGAAAGCUGGCGUCGCUUUACAGAAAGUCACCGUGUCUGUGGAAGAAAGACACGCGGGGUUAUUUGGACAGCGAGUACAGACAUCGUGCUUAUAGUCGCAUUCAUCGAGCCAUGGAGUUGCCGGGGGUGACUUUCGUCGAGAUAGUCUUGAAGAUUCGCGAGAUGCGCCGCCUCUACGUGAACGAACUAAAAAGGUUGCUGGGGGCCAAGUCGUACGGCCAUUGUUACGAGAUCUCGCUACCAUGGUUCUACAAUUUGCAUCAAUUUCUCUACCCGUACCUGGAUUACGACGAGGCAGUGGAGUUGCAUGUAAAGUGUCACGAAUUUACAAUCUGCGGAUUACAUAGCACAGCAUCGAGUGACGAUACUUGCGACACUGACUCGGAUCAGUUGGAAACUUUCUCGAUGACUGUGACACGUUGUCUCAGGAAGUUGGAUAAACCGUAUGCGCUCAAAGCGCAAGCAGAAAUUCAACAAAUCUUGGAGAAUAUGCUGAUAAAAUCAAAGAACAAUUCCCCGAAAAGGACUCGUUUACGCGAAUCGUCCUACGAUUUGUGAUAAAACGUAUUCCAAGAUCCAAAGCAAGAUCCAGCACGGAACGUAUUGAAGAAAUCCAACUUUCGAUCGCCACCUCCCUCCGUUCAUGCAUAGCAGCGCGCGGAUGGUAUCGAUCCGACUUUGGUAGACCGCAGCGUUAUGAUUAGUAUUCAGCGAGUGUCGCAGUCGGCCGGUCGGACAAGGACGAAGAUGGCAAGAUUUGCUCUGGCAAAACGGAGGAUGCGUGCCACACAGCCUGUCCCUGAUAACAGGUUAUCCUUUGAUCGAACCCCCUCUCGCAAAAAGUUCACGUUCCUGCCGUUAUUGCUACUAAACCGAAACGCGAUCAGACGAAGUCGCGUUAAUCCUCAAAGCGAAUCAUCGAUUAAGGGAUUAUCAAAGGUUGUAUCGAGUCUCAUUCACCGUCGACAACGAAUCGACGCGUUGGCUCGGCUUCGAGAUCGAUUACUCGAUGAAAAGAGUUCCGUUCGGAAUCUUCAAGUUUUAUAACGCGACCUCAAAAAAAUCGACGUACUUCUAACAACUCGAACCUUCGACUUUACAAGUGGAAAUUCUCGCCAGCAAUUCGCAGCAAUUUUUCAUGAAAAAACAAGUUGGUGAGCGGCAUGGUAAUAAAUCCAGAGGGCUAGCAGGAUUAAGCUUCGCUGGAAACUAUUUUGCGCACCGCGAGGCAAAAGGAACACUGGAAAACCCGGAGGUCUGUGGAUAGUCUAACGAGCAGUCGAGAGGACCUAGAACGAACAGCCAACAUUUAGACCAAUUCUCAAAAUCCCCUUGAUACCCGAUGAAACAGGAUUCGAGUGUGCUUGGUCGAAAGACCUCCCAACGCAAUGACUGAACGACUCGCGACUACCUGCCCUGUCUCUCGGCGCGUUUCGAAUGAAAUAAUUGUCGGAACAGUUGAACACUCUCGGCGACAUUUAACGCGGAACAUGUCUAAUUCAUUUGAAACUGUGGUACGCCGCUAACAAAUGUCGAGAUCGUUUGCAAAGCGCACCUGGUUGCGCUAAACGAAGACUGAUCGAACUUCGCGAAUCCUGUUAACACGUGGCUUCUCGUGAUCUAGCAGCUGCAACACGAAAUACGAUUUUUAUCAUGGAAGGGACAUCAAAGCGAAUUCCAUCGUUCGCCAAGCGGAAAGGACGAGCAAGGAAAAGGGGUAAGAGAGAGAGAGAGAGAGAGAGAGGCAAAGGCGGACAAGGUUAACGGCGCAAGGAGAAAUAGUCGAGGCGAUUGGCUCUUAUUACUUACUGUGAUCGAGCUCGUCGUGUUCCAUGAGGUAGCCGGUCGCGUUGUAGAUGUGAUGGUCGGGUUUAGCGGUACUGGUGACCGCAGCUCCACCCGUUACUGUCGUGGACGGAUUAGUCGGAAUUGCUGUGCUA